GGUCUCCCUUUCCAGCGUCGCCGGGUGCCCAGAGUUGUGAGGGCUUUCGCGAGGGAAGGUUGCCCGGUGCAUGGGCAGCCUGGUGGAGCGCGUGCUGUCGCUGGUGUUCGUGUGCGUGUGCGUGGCGGGCCGGCCCAGCGAGGUGCUCCGCGUGGAGAGGGAAGUGGUGGAGCGCGCCGAGCGGGAGGAGGGCUUCGCGGGGCUCCUGAGGGGCCCUCUCCAGAGAGCCAAGCGCUGGGCGGAGAAGGCGGCUGACCGGCUGGGCGGAGGACGGGUGGCGGGCGCCCUGUGAGCCGCCCGCCAUGGGCCCGCUGCUGUCGCUGGGCGCGGGGCUCCUGCUGCUCCUCCUGUGGGCGCGCUACAAGGGCCUGGGCUACGUCCUGGUCCACCACCGCUGGGUCUUCGUCUGCCUCUUCCUCCUGCCCCUCUCCGUCCUCUUCGACAUCUACUACCAGCUCCGCGCCUGGGCCGUGCAGAGGAUGCACAGCGCGCCCCGCCUCCACCACCAGCGGGUCCGCCACAUCCAGGAGCAGGUUCAAGAAUGGAAAAAUGAAGGCCAGAAAACAUAUAUGUGCACAGGCCGCCCUGGCUGGCUCACAAUAUCGCUUCGUGUUGGGAAGUACAAGAAAAUUCUGAAAAACAUAACAAUCAACUUGAUGGAUAUAUUAGAGGUAGACCCUGAAAGACAGGUUGUUCGUGUGGAACCCUUGGUUUCAAUGGGACAGUUAACAGCACACCUUAAUCCCAUGGGCUGGACUAUUCCAGUAGUACCAGAGCUUGAUGAUCUUACAGUAGGGGGCUUGAUCAUGGGGACUGGCAUUGAAAGUUCUUCCCACAUCUAUGGACUGUUUCAGCAUACCUGUGUGGCCUAUGAACUUGUUCUUGCUGACGGAAGCCAUGUGAGAUGUACACCGGAGGAGAACUCUGAUUUAUUUUAUGCAGUACCGUGGUCAUAUGGAACCUUAGGCUUCCUAGUUGCAGCAGAAAUAAAAAUGAUCCCAGCUAAGAACUAUGUGAAAUUAUUUUAUGAGCCUGUAAGAGGACUAAAGGCAAUCUGCAAGAAAUUUGCUGAAGAAUCAGCGAAUAAAGAGAAUCAUUUCGUGGAGGGUCUGGUGUAUUCUUUGGAUGAAGCUGUCAUAAUGACAGGAGUUUUGACGAAUAAUGCUGACACGCGCAAGGUUAAUAAAAUUGGAAACUUCUACAAGCCAUGGUUUUUUAGGCAUGUGGAGAACUAUCUGAAGACCAACACAACAGGAAUGGAAUAUAUCCCAGCCAGACAUUAUUAUCACAGGCAUACACGAAGCAUUUUCUGGGAGCUCCAGGAUAUCAUUCCUUUUGGCAAUAACCCUUUUUUCCGCUACCUGUUUGGCUGGAUGGUUCCUCCUAAAAUCUCCCUUUUAAAACUGACUCAAGGAGAAGGAAUUCGAAAGCUUUAUGAACAGCAUCAUGUAGUGCAAGAUAUGAUGAUCCCCAUGAAAAGCCUUGAGCAGUGUAUUGAAGCUUUUCACAGUGACAUUAAAGUUUAUCCACUAUGGCUGUGUCCCUUCAAAUUACCUAAUAACCCAGGCAUGAUUCAUCCUAAAGGAAACGAAACCGAGCUCUAUGUGGACGUUGGAGCCUAUGGAGAGCCAAGAACAAAACAUUUUGAAGCCAUGGCUACCACCAGGCAACUAGAAAAGUUUGUGAGGAAUGUUCAUGGUUUUCAGAUGUUGUAUGCAGAUUGUUAUAUGACUCGUGAGGAAUUCUGGGAAAUGUUUGAUGGCUCCCUUUACCAGAAGCUGAGGAAGGAGCUACAGUGUACUCAUGCUUUUCCAGAAGUGUAUGACAAAAUCUCUAAAGCUGCAAGACAUUAAGUCCAAUUGACCUAAACAAGGAUUUAGGAAAAGUGGGACUUAACAUUUCCUAAUUACUCUGCCCUUAACAAAAACAUGUUGCUGUUCCAAAGACUAUAAAGCGUACCUGUGUUUUGAGAGUACAUGCUCCUGCCUUUAUAUAAAAAUAGAGCUAGUAGUUCGUUUUCAAAAGAAUAUCUUUUUAUUAGGAUUUUCCAAUUGAAACCUCUGUGAUUUAAUAACACAUUAGCUAUUGAUCUGUAUAUUUAGAGAUAUUCAGCAGAGGAGGAAUGGAAAUAUCAUUAUGCUGAAGUAGAGUAAUGUGACUUCUUAGAGAUAGAACUGCAACCCAACUAAGUGAUAUAGUAGGAGUUCUGUGGGAGCUCUACUACUAUAAAUAUAAUUGGGUGGAAUCCUGUAUCUGAAACAGCCUCUAAGAGUAAAGCCAAAUACGACUGCCAAAUCAGAUUGCCUUUGAAAUGUCAUAGUUGCCUAUUUCCAUAUCACUAACUUGCCCAAGGUUUCUAUUUGCAUAGCUAAAAUAAGCACACAUUAGACUCACUGUUGUAAACCUGUCUGAACAUAAUGGAAAGCUUAGGGAAAGUUUUCAGUUGUGUGAACUUGUCUUAACCUCAUUCUCUUUCACACUCCUUAAUUAUGUUAAUAUUUUCCAUGGAGAUUCCCAUCAUGGGUUUUUUUUUUGUUGUUGUUGUUACAGAGAAAGGUAAUCCCAGAUAUGCACUGCUGAGGGGAGAGAGUCCAUAUAUUUAUCCUUUCAGAUUAUUAACAGUAGCUGCAGUACAACCCUGUUUCCACAGGCCACCAAUAUCCUUGGUUUCAUUCAUCCACAUCUGACAAAAUGCAUCCUUUUGGCAUUUUGUAGGUCCUACAACAUGACUUUAUGGCAGUGCUUCUCAAUCUUUGGUCCUCCAGAUGUUUUUGACUUCAGCUCCCACAGUUCCUAACAGCUGGUCAGCUGUCUGGGAUUUCUGGGACUUGAAGACCAAACACGUGAAAGACCAAAGAUUGAGAAUCACUGCUCUAUUGAUUGCUUAUGCUAGAACCCUUUCAUUUCAAUUGGGUUUAGUGUCAUCCAUGGUUUUGUGACAUCCGGAGAUGACUCUCUUGUGGAUGUGGGAAUUGUACUGUAUUCUUCACUGUCUGUGUGGCUCACACAUACCACUUUCCAGAUCUGUGUGGGACCUGCUUGUGUCAUUUCUUUCCUGCGUCCCUCACCCCUCUUAGUUUGUUUUCAUUCACCACCAGCACAGCUGCAGGAGGAACCACCCCACUAAUUUCACUAUUCAUAUUAGUGAAAAUGUACAUGCUACUAUUUUUUUUUCUUCCCCACUUUUUUACUUCAUUUUUUUCUCCAUCUCUUUUUUUAUUUCUCUUCCUUCUGUUUAUUAAGCUGAUGGUCACUAAGCUCCUUUAAAAAGUUAUGUACAAUAUGAAAACAAGUUUUCCCUGUACCUUCAUUUCCUAGUUUGCUUUGCACAGAAUGCUGGUAAGAUCUUGUUAUUUUUUUCUGCACUACUUUAUGGUGCCAUUGCUUCUGUAACUAGAAAGACAACCUCAUCACAAUAGAGAAUGAAACCUCUUUAAAUCUGGUUGCUGCUUCCUGCAGAAUUCUGGGGUUUUUAGUUUAGAAAUGAGCCUUCACUAAACUACAAACUCCAGAAUUCUGCAGGAAGCAGAAACCGGAUUUCAAGUGGGUUCGCUUUCUAGUGUAAUGAAGUAGAUGGAAUGAUCUGUAACUUGGUCUACAGAUUCCACAUUAUAAAGUAGCGCUUUCUAGAAACGUAGCAUUAUUGUAAUUUUUAGUGAUAUCUUUAAAAAGAAUUGCCAUUAGUUUGACACGGAGCAGCAAAGUUCUUCCAUUUUUGUGCCUAUUUCAUUUGGUUACUUUGUUCAUGAAAUGAGCAGUAAAUGGUGGAGGAGUUUUAUGUGGUAACACAUAAACUGUGAUUUCAAAGGCUGCCUUUUCUAUUGUCAAAUUUUAUUAAUAGCUUUCAGAGAUUAUUUUUCUUCAUAUGCUUUUUUCUGUUCUUAUUAAGAUUUUUUUAGUGCCUUAAAUUAGAUGGGAGAAAUUAGGAUUUCAGGCCAUUCUGAUUUUAAGAGUAAAACAAUGGGUAGAAAUGACUGGUGCGUAUUUGUGUGUAUAGGAUAUCUCCAGAAUAAUUUAGCAAAUAUCUGAAAUUAGAUGCUUAAAAAUUGGAAUUCAGAUUUCUUCCUGUACAGCCCAAUACUGUUUACAAAACUCAGAGGUUUAUGGAGUUUGGUACAUAGAAUUGCAGUCUUAGGGAGCCAUAUUUCUUUCUCCCAAACAAGCAGCUAGAAAGUGAUGAGAUGCCAUGUUUUCAUCCUUUCCCUGUCAUUUCCUGCCUAUUAAUUCAAAUGUUACAUGCAGCAUGAUAUCUUUUUUCCCCUUAUUACUGUAUAACAGCACCCUAUUUUGUGGGACAAUUAACCUUUUUGCUCGAGUAAUAAGGAACAAGCUGCCAAACAGCCAGUAUCAAUGCUUCCUAAUAUUUUAAUAUAGCAAUAGGUCACAUUUGGCUAAGGCUAUGAACUUUCAUAUAAUGAAAGUGAGCUUCCACUUUGCACCUGUAAUCGACUGUGGAAAGUUUUGUUGAGUGGGCUUGGGCUUUAUGUUAAUUUAUCAGAUUUAACCAAAAUUUGAUCCAAAGACUAGACAUAAGGAGAAAUCUUCACUUGGAUGUAUUUAUUUUUGAACUUCUGAGAAAAUGUUUGGCUUGGUGAGAGAAAACUGUUGGGUUUUAUUUAUCAUGUUGAAAAGUUACUCUAUAGGGACUGAUGGGAGGGAACCAAUAAGAAGAUGUUUUAUCCUUUCAGUCACACAUACAUGUCCAUGCUACGAUCCAUAGGAUCAUUAUGUUGGAAAGGAGGAAAGACCUUGCUUACACUUCUGUAGUGCCUACUUAGACAUCUGAAAAUCAUUCCAUAAUGAUUGUAUGAAAGGAAAUGGAUGAAAACAGCAUAGACCCACCAGGCCUGCCUGGUGACAUUUGACAACCUCCUUAUUUGUUCACCACAACAGCACCUAACUGGACAAGCUGCUAAUCCUAUUGGAAAACAAAUGGUGGGGCAGUAUCGUCCAUCACACUGGGAACAAUCUAACAAUGAACAAGCUGUACAAUACACAUAAUUCCUCCGAGAGGAAAAUUGCUGGCCAGGUGAUAUUGCUACCAUUCUCUUGUAGCAACUGCCAUCAAAGUCGACUGGAUUCUGCCUAGCAGCUGAUGCUGGUUAGACAGAAGUUGAAUCUUAAAGGAGACCAACAGCUACAACAUACUCCGUGCUUGCCAUUCAUUUGUACAGAGGUUAGUUCUGCAGGCAAGAGUUGUAUGUGCAGGAUGUGUCUUGGUUUUGUGUCACACAUGGAAUUAUUUCUUACCACAGGUUGUACCUGCAAGUGCAUUUAUUGUUCUCAGUUGCUACAGCCAUAAUAAAAGUCCUGCCCACUGAGAUGUUCUAACCCAAUGCCAGCAGCAACAGUGUACUUUGUGUUGCGACUGUCAGCUAUUUUGUACCGGUGCACUUGAGCAGAAUGUAUUCUACUAUCCUAAACUGCUAUUUUAAUGUGACUGAAUAAAAUUGUGGUGGUUUAAUUUUUCAAAAA